CUACAGCAGUUUCCGCGCGCACUUCUCGCCAGCAGGACGCGGUGACGCUCUCCGGGACGCGCGAUCACGCGCCGCGCAAAGUUUCAAAGUCUUCUUCGUGAAGUAAUUCUCUUAUUGGAUUAAAAGAAUCACAAACGCAACCACCAACCAGUGAAGAUGUAAUUACGUACUCGUGAUAAAAUACAAUUGCAGGAAUUGCAAGGUGCGCGAGUUGUGUUUUAAAUGUGAACACCAACACAGUGGCGGAUUUGCUAAACGAUUUUUGAAUCGAAUCAAAACCUAAGACAACUUGUAUGGUUGCCGGACGAAGGAUGCCGCUGACCCGGAUGUUAAACACGGCGUGCUGGAGCAGGAGCGACGGUGGCGGCAGAUGCGGUGGUUUUCCGCUGUCGUUGACGCUUCUCCUGACCGUCGUCACUGGUUUGGCAUCCGCAUUGAAAAACGUCGCCGUUGUGGUUCCUCAAGCAGCAAGUAUUGGUGACACAGUUACGCUCCAGUGUCGUUAUGACCUUGAGAGUGAACCAUUGUAUACUCUGAAGUGGUACAAGGGUGCGCAUGAAUUCUACAGAUACAUCCCGAAGGAACUGCCAAGCACGCAGAUUUUUCCUUAUCAGAAUUUAGACGUUGACUUGGCUAAAUCCAAUCAAAAUGCGGUGGUCCUGCGCAACCUGCAGCCGGAACACUCGGGUCGAUACAAGUGUGAGGUUUCUACUGACGCCCCAAACUUCUACACACACAUCCAGUCUGGUUACAUGCACGUCCUGAGUGAGUACUAUAUGUUUAGAGUGUUGCUGGUGUGCAAGCCAACUAUGUUUCUAUUUCAGGUCAACCACAGUUUUCUAACACAACUACCUGGAACAAACACCUCGGCUUAUACAGACCCGCGCAAGAAACCUACAAUGACGGUUAUUGGGCUGGAGCACGAGAUUGACAAUUCUUUGUUUUUGGGCGGAAAAGCCAACAUUCGAUGUACUGCGGAUCUCUUCAAUGUUUACAAAGCUCAAGGAGAUUACAUCUUUGAACAGGAACGACCCAAGCCACGACCGUCAUCGGUAUUGCAGAAUAAUAAUGAAUCAUCUUCAGUGUUUGGUAGCCGGCCAGCCUGCGGCGGCAUGUUUUUACUCUUCAAUGUACUCCUCGUCUGCGUAAUCACGCGGUAACAAUGCAACGGCGCGUGGACGAAGAACCGUCGAGAUGGCAGCAAUCUGCGCGCGCUGUCCGACGAAGAUUAAGCAUAUUUUUGUUGCCAAAAUAAUGAAAACCCGAAGGAUGCGAGAUUAAAACAAGACAGCCAAGCAAAUAGAAAUCCCUACUCUGCAUUACAAUCAAUUCUUCGUACUACUUCUUUCACUUUGUACAUAAAAUAGAAAAGAAACCAACCGGAGCGAAGAAGAAAACGCAGAAAAUACGAGCAAAUCCUUAAAAAUAUUGUGUGUUACAGAUUACUAAAUUAAUUAAUUAACCGAAGAACAAUGAAUUGUAAUAGAAAAUAAUUAAAAUUGUGACUUGUGAAAUGGACUGCAGAUGAAGUUUACGAUAAUGAGAGAAAACGGACAGUGUUGAAAUGUUGAAAAAUGUUUAAGCGAAUGAAUGAAAUGAGCUUCAGGCGCAUGGGCGCAAAGUUUCUACUGAUAUUAAUUGUAUUAAAACACUAAAGACAUGGAAAUGAACAUGGAAAUGACAUAAUAUAAUAGUUACGAUAAAUUUAAGUGAUGAAUGAUGGCGCUGUCGGCAUGUCAGGAGCGAGAUUAAUAAAAAAGAAAUGUAAAUAGCUAUUCAUUAUAUAAAUUCAUUAUAAUGAUUAAAAACACGAGAUAUAUAAAAAUAAAGAAAUACGAAAAACGAAAACAUAAUUGUAGUGCAUUUUAUUGACGUAACCAUUAAAACUUGUAUUCUUAAACAUAACAUCUACGGUGCAGUGAAUAAAUAAUACAUUUGGAAGUGACAGUGACGUAAAUAGGGUAAAUUGUGAUAUUGACAUCAAUGGACAUACCGUUUUUAUUUAAUAAACGCUAAAAGUAAAUUUUCCUAACCUGCACGAUGAUCAACACACGCGAAUGGAAUGAAAAUAAAACUGGGAUGCCGGAGGAUGAGGUCGUGAAGUGGAGCAGCGAAAUAAAAUGCGACAUGAGCACGUCCACAGUUUGCGGUUAUAUAACCACGUAACGAGAUGAGUAUAGAAAAAUAUUUGUGCGUCGUAUAACUCUGAGUAGUGAAAUAAUAAUACAAGGAGGCGACACGCUUUCAUCACCCAAAGAAAAGUUUCCAUAUUGAUAUUGGCGUUUAUUUUCUUGUAUCACAUUCAAUCGAGCGUAUUAAACGUCGCUGUUGAUAUAUAAUUUUCAUUUGUGUUUAUCGAGUAAACAUAAUUAGUUUAUUACACAAAAUGAAUGGUAUUGAUAAUGGUAUUUUUGUAACAAAGAAAUUUUGCUGGCAAAGAUCUCCAUGAAUAAGAUACAGGUGUAAAAACAAUCAAUAAUGUUGUUUACUUUAUGAUGAAAUGUAGUGAAAACCAAAAAAAACUAGAAAAGUGUAAUUUUUUGUUGAAAAGGAUAUAAAUCAAAGAUUGUACGUACGAAAUUUCGUCAAAGGACUGUGACUGCAGUAAGAUGAGUACAUUAUAAUAAAUAUUAAUAUAAUAUAUAUAUGAAAUAUGAUAAACCGUAUUUGUUACCCGAUACAGACGUAAAUAAAUGAGAAGAAACCAAAACAGAUACACACACAAGCAGAAAAUGUAAACCGUAAAUCCAAAAGCUGUAUAAAAAUAUAACUUUAUUGUUAAAAUAAAUUGUUUUUCGUA